CCGCACACACUUAGUUUCAAAUAGUUGUAGUGUGUGUCAGGAGGUGUUGGUGGCUUCUCUCACCUCUACCACCACCAUGGCUGACCCCUUUGUUGUCAGGAUGAUGGCACGAAGCCAGGCUCGUCGAGCAGGUAUUGCUCGUACAACAGGAGACUUCAGUAACAAGGAGAAUGUUGGAGUAUCAGAUUCUACUCGCACUCGACUAAAGCAGAUAAACUCGCUCUACUCAGAGGAUUCUGAACUAGCUGUCAAUCCACUGAGACCCAGUAUUCUAGAACCUUCUGAAUCUGUGAAUACUCUAACUUCAGAACCAACCAAUGAUAGAAGCUCAAAUAAAGUACCCUCAGCGCAGACAAUGAAUUUUGAUCAGAGUGAGAGCUUGCAGCCAAAGACAAGUCCAUCUCGUAAAGAUGAGGGUUCCACCUCUCCCUGCAGACCUCGUUUAAAGUCUCUUGCUCGGAGAGCUCAAGAGAUGAAAAAUUGGGAAGAUGACUACACUCGUGCUACUUCCAACAGUCAUAACUCUAAGGUAGAGGUAGAGGGUAACUUAGCUUCUAGUAUGCAUGGCUAUUCCCAUGAAAAUUAUGCUUCUAACACUAGGGCAAACAUAAUUUCCCAGAGAUCUUCAACAAGAGCAGAAGGUCGAUCAGCAGUAAAGACCAAUGGUUCUUUAAGUCCUUGCCAUGCUGUAGCUUCAGUACAAGGUGAAAAUAUUCCCCCACAGUAUUAUUUUGGUGAUGGUCCCUCAGGUGCACAUUUUAAUGGUAGCAGUUGUGAGUCUCCCGCUAUUCCUAACCCAAGCACGAAUACCUCUAUUUCCUUUUCCUCUUCCUCUUCUUACAAUACUACACCUAACCUAAAGAACCUCACAAAGUUGAAGAUGCCAAGAGAGACUACAGUUUUGCAUCAGCCUAAGAGCCCUACCUCACCCACGAAAAAGCUUGUCUGGGACAAAGGCAUGCUAAAUUCAUUGGAAGCUCAGGGCUUCACUCCAAGUGACUCUCGCUCUAGGCUCUACUAUGACUUCAAGAAAGAAACGAAACCUCAAAGCAAUGAUUCUGGUCCAGUUAAACCAGCACCUGCUCAGGAAAAAAAUGAGUUACCUGUAAGUCCCUCUAAAGUGGGAGGCAUGAGUCUUGCAGAAUUUGUGAGGAGCUCAAGUCCAGUUAAGUUGAAUGCAGCAGCAAACAAACCAAAUUCUUCCAGUUGCUUGCUUUCACCACAAAAAAAUCUGUCUCUUGUACCACAGACAUCUCAUGCCAGCUUGAAGCCAUCUACAUCAAAUGCCAGCUUGCCACCACCCCCGCCUGUUGUUGUUUCCUAUUUGCCUAAAAGUCCUUGCUCAAGUCCUACUCGUGGACUUGGAGUGCGCAGCCCUGAAUUAAAACCUGCCAAGGACCGUGCUAGAGACACCAGCCCAUCCAAGGUUGGCGAGAUGCGUAGUCGGUGGGAGCAACACAUACGCCAGGCCUCACCAGAGCGUGCAGAUCGUUCACGGAGUCCAAGGAAGUCAGUUGUUCGAUCAGUCAGCCCCAAGAAGAUGACUUCUAAUCAAAGUAGUAACUCUAUAAAUGAGUUAAGCCCAAAGAAGAGCGGAAGUACUACUGCUCCUCAGAGUCCAACGAGAUGCAGUAGCCCCGUUCGUUCCCCUCACAUGUAUUUGCCUCAAACACAAUGUGGGUUCAGUCGUGGUGGCCCUGAACGUAGGAGUUGGAGGGACUUGAGCCCUCACAGGCCUCCUCCAGUGGGGGAUGUUGUGAAAGGGGAGGUUCCCAUACCAGAAGCUGUGCCACUAGUUGAUCAGCCUUUUAUGUCAUCUGUAAGAGAAAGGGCUGCUGCUUUUGAUAAUGCUGGUGGGAAAGCUUCCCCAAAAGAUCCAGCAGAGAUGAGUGUACAGGAACGUCUUGCCCUGUUCAGUAGAAAACAAGGAGCAGUUCUAGUUCCCAAAGCUCCUUUUGGCCAGCCUGUUCCACUAAAGACCCUUCAUGGUGAUGCUGCUGCUGGUGCCCGUGAGAACUCCAGUAAACCCUUGGUAAAUCACUCUCAACCAGUGCUCAAACCUGCCAAAAGACUGGCUUCAGAGCCUUCCCCAGCCAUUACUCAAAAACUGCAUCAAAUACAAAGUGGUACCAGGCUACCAUCACCUGGUAAAGAUAAACUGCCCUCAUUUGAAUCACAAAGAAAAGUUUUUGAAAACAUCAAGGAUAAUUGGCGUGCCAAUGAGAUAAACAGUAAAAUCCAGACUGAGCGCCAAAAGGAGAUGGAUGUAUUGUUAAACAGAUUCAAGAAGCCCAGGCAGAAUAUUGCCACAUUAAAUCCUGACACUGCAUCAAAAGACACUGGAAGGCCAAGGUUCCCAGUGGAAUCAGAAUCGGAGUAUUUGGAGAGUGAUGACUCUUAUACUGAGUCAACUGCCUCUGAGGAUACAAUUACCCAAGGAGAGACAGCAGGGCCUCCAAAGCCUCCUCGACUAUUCCUGGAGUCUACCUCAUCUUCAUUUUUAAGUGAUGUUCCACCAUCUUCACCACCGCCACUGCUACCUACCACUUUACAACAGUCACCUAGACAUAAGCAGCAGACCUAUUCACAUAGGCUCAACUCUACUAAAAUAGGAGAAGUUCAAACUUCUCCAAAGAAAACAUUUGUUACAAAGGUGAAACCUGGCCACAUUUACCCAUCGCUCACGGACAUUGAGUCGCAUUCUGAAGUUCCUGACAGCCAGGAUGAAGAUGAAACCAGAGAUUCAAGUUUUUCAGAGAGUGUAUUGACUUUUGCAUCAAUAGAAAGCCUAGGACAGAAAAUUCAGCACGCAGCUUCCACCGCCAUGGAUAAACCCUUGUCAAUGAUAGCAGAAAAUACUGAAGCUUCUAAUUCUGAUGUCUACGGUAUGUCGGAAAGCACAAUGGAUGCUCUUGGUGCAAUAGAUGAUGCCAUUGAUGAGGCCUUGGAUGAGGAACCAACACCACCAAAGAGAAUCCGUUCUCAGGAUGACUCCCCGCUAAAUGCCUACAAGACUCCAAAACUCAACCAAAACUCUCCAACACAUCAAGAAGACCAUGAAACACUUACCCAUAGCAUCUCUCUGUAUCGCAAGCAAAAGCCGGAAGUAACCUACACUCCAGUACGUCAGAUUGUUCGCCGACCAGAUUUGCGAUCACCAACUCCUGAGCCUGUAAGCCCUUCAGUCACCGUCAGUGCUCGCAUCAAAGAAUUGCAGGAGGAGGUAUCUGAGCAGCAGCGGGUAAUUGCUCAGGCAUCCAAUGCUGUUACAGUUGUACUUCAACGUCCUGAACAACAAGGAACACCACAGCAUGUGGAAGCAGAGAAGCUAUUGCUGCUUGCCAGUCAGAAAAGGCAGACCUCAUUGAAUGAAAUUCAGAGACUAAAAACCGAGGGAGCCCUAGGACAGCAGAGUUGGUCUGGUGAUGAAGAUACUUGUAUGGGUUCCAUCAGUAUUAGUAACAUAUCUGUACCUCUAAAACAAGACUUUCUUAGAAAAGGAAUGAAAGGUGAUGAUUUGUAUCAUCUAAUGGUUUUGGUGAAGCAUCGUGAACAAGUAAUAUCUUCUCAGCUACAGACGACACCUGAAUGUGUUGUGGAGGGUUCUGUCACUUUUCCUAAUCUUAUGGCCCUCCAUCACCUCACUUCUGAUUUUAACAUUACUCUUGAAGUAUAUGCACUCUGCACUCACCCCCAGCGACAGCAUAAUAUAAAAAAGGAGCCGUCUCGUAUGAAGCUGACACCACUCAAGAGGAUGCAGAAGCAUGAUUCCAGAGUGUGCUCUCCAUCUGUUCAGUCCCCAGGUGGACCUUAUGCAGUCCGAACAUCAGCUUUUCAAUUAGUUGGGUUCACUCACCUCAACAUUUCUACUCUCACACGAAAUGCAUGGACACUUGAAAAAGUGCCUUUCUCCUCUCCCCUUGAUGGUCAUCUACUGAUGCGUGUGAGUUGCAGUUUUGAGGGUGGGAUUGUAGAGCGUGGCUUCCUUACCAUGUUUGAGGAUGUUGGAGGAUAUGGUGCCUGGAACAGGCUAUGGUGUGUUCUUAAUGGAAUGCAUCUUCGUUAUUGGCGGUACCCAGAUGAUGAGGGCAAGAAGGAGGCAUGUGGACAGAUUGACUUGCGCACCUGUACUACUCGGCGUAUUGAACUUGUUGCCAGAGAUGUGUGUGCACGACAGCACACCUUCCAGUUAACGUGUGUUCAGCCAGCACGUGCUAAGGACAUUUCAAAUCUUGUACAGGAAGUUCAUGGAUCAACAUUAGUCACGAAGUACUUGCUAUCUUCGGACAGUAAAGAAGAGAGAAUAAUAUGGUGUAACAAGUUAAACAAGUCAUUGGCAAAUAUUCGAGCAUGGGACCCUGAUGCACUGAGGCCAGAAGAUUAUCAUGUUUAAGUGGAUAUUUUUUAUAGAUAUUAAUGGUAUACUGUUUAACCGAGUUUUCAUAAUCACUUCCUCAAAAAAAGUUUUUGAUUGACAUUGAACAUUUAUUUUGAUCCAAUUUCAUUAUGAAGUUUUAAAUACAGUAUACAAGUGUACAAACUUUCAAUUACAGUAAUCAUUGGAGCUCUUUAAAUUUCAUUCCUAUUGUACUUGUACUAUGUUGAAGUUUACAAUGGAAUUUAUAUUUUAAACUUUUAAUAUAAAUAUGCUGGUACAUAGUGUGGCCAUAAAUGUGUGCUAAAACUGUGAGGGAAUAGUUACAUUCAUGCAGUGAUACCCCAGUCAUUUAGAUUACUUUUGCAGUUUUUUAUUUUUUUGUAAAUUUUGUUUCAAACAUUCCCCAAAUACAUAAGUGAAACUGGAUGAGUAAUAUACAAUACUGUACCUUAUAGCCACACCUCACUUUGUGACUUGAUUAGUAAGAAAUAUGUUAACGUAAAGUUAAUGUAUAUACUGUAGUUGCUUGUUUUUUAAUGAAUAAACUGAUUUUACAAAUUUAUAGCUUGGAUGUAUUUCUAAGUAUACUAGAGUUGACUAGUUAUAUUCAUAAUUUUAUAUAUAUUCAUAUAUAUCUAUAUAUUAUUGUGAUUAAUAUAUCCUUAUAUUGUACAGUAUUUAAUAUUCAAUAUGCUUACUCAUCUUAUGAAAUAAGUUUUUGUUUGUGGUAAUUUUUAUUCAUUACUCAUAAUAUUUUGUUAAAGAUACUAAAUGAACUACUAAACAUUGUGACAUGAGCAACUUGGAUGUUGCACUUGUAAAUAAAAGAACUAAAAAUA